CUCCAGCCAUAGCGAAUAUGACUGGUUUACAGACCCUGUUUCUCGACGCAAACAGAUUUUUCGGUGAAAUUCCUCAGGAGAUAUUCAAGAUCAAGUCACUUUCAAAGUUAAACAUCAGCAACAACAACAUUACCGGUGAAAUCCCUCCUUCAAUUUCUCAAUGCACAUCUCUUAAUUCAAUUGAUUUCAGUAGAAACAGUCUCACUGGAGAAAUUCCCAGACGUAUUUCUAAGCUGAUCAAUUUGAACAUCCUCAAUUUGUCAAGGAACCAGCUUAGCGGGGAAAUUUCAGAUGAAAUCGGAUACAUGACGAGCCUCACAACUCUCGACCUUUCAGAUAACGAUUUCUCUGGCAGAAUCCCCACCAGCGAUCAAUUCUUAAUCUUCAAUCAAAUCUCGUUUGCUGGAAACCCCAAACUCUGCUCAUCGCACCAGGACAAUUGUACAUCUUUGGGAAACAGAGCUGGAGCUUCAGGCCAUAAUGCGAAGCGCUUCACCGCCGCGAAACUCAUAAUCACAGUCAUUACUCUGGUAUCUGCUUUGUUAUUGAUAAUUGCGGUUGUUUAUCAAAUGAGGAAGAAGCGGCUCCAGAAACCCCUUGCCUGGAAGCUAACGGCAUUUCAGCGGUUAAAUUUCAAGGUGGAGGAUGUCCUGGCGUGCUUGAAGGACGAGAACAUAAUCGGGAAAGGCGGAUUCGGAAUUGUGUAUCGGGGAUCCAUGCCAGCCGGCAACGACAUAGCAAUCAAACGAUUGGUUGGUGGCAGCAGUGGACGGAACGAUCACGGUUUCUCUGCCGAGAUUCAGACUCUCAGCCGAAUCCGGCACCGGAAUAUCGUGAAGCUGCUCGGUUACAUCUCGAACAAGGAAACAAACCUGUUACUGUAUGAGUACAUGCCGAAAGGCAGCCUGGGGGAGCUGUUGCAUGGAUCAAAUGGCGACCAAUUGAAGUGGGAGACGAGGUACAAGAUCGCCGUGGAGGCGGCGAAGGGACUCUGCUAUCUUCACCAUGACUGCUCCCCGGUUAUUAUUCAUAGGGACGUGAAACCAAACAACAUUCUUCUUGAUUCCAAUUGUGAAGCACACGUGGCGGAUUUUGGGCUUGCCAAGUUUCUCCAGGUAUCCGGUGCCUCUGAAAGCAUUUCCUCCCUUGCUGGUUCCUUCGGUUACAUUGCGCCAGAAUACGCCCACACGCUGAAGGUGGGCCACAAGAGUGACGUGUACAGUUUUGGGGUGGUGCUUCUGGAGCUGAUAACAGGGAGGAAACCGGUUGGGGACUUUGGGGACGAAGUGAACAUGGUGCGGUGGGAUGAGUGGGUACCCACUGAUGAGUGUAAUCCACAUGUUCAAGGUAGCCAUGAUGUGCGUUGUGGACAAUAGUUCUGACAGGCCCACGAUGAGAGAAGUGCAUGGUAAGCUGUAACUGUAAUAAGAGGAUUUGGGUGUUUGCAGUAAAUUAAAUUGGGUUAUGUUGUUUUAAGUUUUCUUUUUUCGAAAUGUAAAUUUCUGGUUUGUCAAUGCUAUGAACCCUUUUCUUACUUCUUAUUUCUUUUUCCUCUCUUUUCGGCCAACAAUGUUAUGGUGAUUCAAAUCUUACAAAUUAAAAUGUUCUUUAUCCU